AUGCCGCGCAUUCCUACAUCUUUACUUCGCAAAGCGUACGCGAUAGAUCCUCUUCUUCCACGCCUCCUCCCGCCGUGCCGCGACUUGCGCGCCGCGCAGAACGAGCUGCGUUGGCUUCGUGAGCACGUUGACGAUGUGGCUCAAGCCCGAAGCGCGAAAGGCGGCCCCUUCUCAAAGAGCGCGUUUCUACGCGACCUAGUGCAGCAGAGAGCUCGUGGUAGACCGCUGCAGUAUCUGUUGGGUACAGAGUACUUUGGCGACCUGGAGAUCAGCUGCCGGCCUGGUGUGCUUAUCCCUAGGCAGGAUACGGCGAUAUCUGUUCAGUGCCUUGUGCGUUCGGUUCGCGACGCGCAGAAUCUUCCGAGUGAGCUGCGCGUGCUGGAUCUAUGUACGGGGACCGGCUGCAUACCUCUGCUCUUCCACCACGAAUUCUGCGCCACACGCGACGAUAUCGACCUACGCGCCCUCGGCAUCGAUAUCUCCAAGAAAGCGCUGCAACUGGCUGUCCACAACCAUAAGCGCGUUCGCAGGAACAGAGGCUGGGCUGAAAAGGGAUCCAUAGCCUACAUACGUGCAGACGUUCUUGCCAACCCGUUCGCAGACGUGGUCCGUAGCCGGCUGCCGGUAUCCACCGCUCUACGCUAUGCUAAACUCCCUCAUCUAUGGGAUAUCCUCAUUUCAAAUCCGCCAUAUAUCUCGCCUUCCGGAUAUUGGAAGACUACAACUCGUUCCGUGCGUGGUUUCGAGCCAAAACUCGCCUUGGUGCCUCCGCCCAAAGCUAGCAACGAUGAUGCUCAACAAGGCGAUGCAUUCUACCAACCUAUUCUCAAUAUAGCGAGUGAGGUAGAGGCCAAGAUUGUUUUGCUGGAGGUUGCGGACCUCGACCAAGCGUUACGUGUCGCACGUGCUGCUAAAGGUUUACGUAUCUUUGAUGGCGUUGAGAUCUGGCGUGAGCAGCCAGACGAGCCUCACGACCCGUCUUCGGAGACUGCGGAAUUUCCUGUGCUUGGUGAAGGCAAUGCGCGAUCUGUCAUUUGCUGGCGCGGCACAGGUGCUGCGUGGCUUGGGAAGAGCGAACGAGCAAGUACGUAUAAGGAUGUUGCUGCUCCUGAUGUGUCACUUGAUGCUCGUUUCCGAUUAGACCCCAUGGGACUUCCGCAAGGGGAUCAGUUGCGCCCACACUGGGUCAAGCAGUUGACCGAACAGCAAAGAGCCGAGAAGCACAACGUAUGGCGAGACGUUGAGAAUCUCCAGCAUCAAAAUGUAAGAGAAAGUGCCGGGGACGAAUCAGCUGGCGAAGCUGGAAAGACAGGUCCGGGAACAACAGCAGGGUCUCAAAACACCCAUGAAGGAGGAUCUUCGAAGACCAAACUAGCAAAUCAUGCUCAGAAGAGGAUUUCCAAAGCGCUGGUUGAGUCAGGCAACCAACUUACAGAUUCUCAGCGUCGCGAGGAAACUCAUGCGGAUCACAGCAUGUCUGCACAGGAGACAAACAAGAGACUAUCGCGGUCCAAACCUCUCAACAAAGAGCAGCAGGAACGCCUUUUACAGUACUAUCGAGCGGGAAGAAAGAUAACAGCCAUUGCACGAGAGUUGGAAUGUACCCGUUCAACCGUGUACAACUACUUGCACCGCUGGUCAAUUUUUCAGGCGCAGAAGGUGCCGCUAACAGAAGAACAGCGAAUAGACAGAUAA